AGAAGUUGUUUUCCAUUCCAAUUCCAGUUUCUGCAGCGCAGGACGACGGGCGGGAAGACGAAAACACCAACGCCGCCGCCUGCCGGAGUGGAAAGGGGGAAAACCCGCAGCCAUCGCAAUCCCACCCAUCCGAUUUCAAUUCGCCAGUGGUGCCCGCAGCGGAGGGGAUGGCGAGCUCAUUCUCCUUCCCGCUGUUUACGCCGGCGGAUAUCGUGGCGGCGCUGCACAGCUACGGCAUCGCGCCCAGCCCUAGCUUCUGCGCCGAGGACGUCGUCCACCCUCAGCCCGGCCUCCUCGCCGAGGUCCUCCAGCUCUUCCUCCUCAACUUCGUCGGCGACGAGCCCGACGAGCAGCUACAGUUCAAUGCCCUGCAGGUGCUCGACAACCCGGAGCACCACAUGCGCGCCCUACGGUUUUCGCGGAUCUACAAGAGGGCCAACGCUUUCCUCCAGUCCAUCCAGUUCCGGGACCUCAAUAUCCGCGACCUCCUCCGCGCCGACGGCCCCCGUGUCGUCCACAUCCUCAGCGCCCUCAUCAACUUUCUCUUCUUCAGGCAAGAGAAGCUCACCUUGCUAGAGCCUAUCGUCGAAGAGUACGGCGCGAUUGAGAAACGGCAGGGGGAGCUCAGGGCUAAGAUCGCCGAGCUUAGCAAGGCGAAAGAGGACCAUCUGCUUAAGGAGCAGGUGGAGGCACACAUGGUCCAGCAGCUCGAGAAUGAGGUCAAUGCCCUCAAGCAGAGGCUUCAUGAUUAUAACAGAGAGCAGCUGUCACUGCGCAAUGCAUCAAAAGCCUUGGACGAAAAGAGAGAGGAUACACUGAGGAAGAUCAACCAGGCUGAUUUUGAGUUGGUGAAAGUUAUGCAAGAAAAGAAAAAGCUAUCAGCCAAAAUUGUUCAUUCCCCUGAAAAGCUCCAGAGGAACCUUGAGGAGAAGAAAUCAGUCCGUGAUGAGUUAAAGAACUUAGAGAAGAUAGCAAUGCAGAAAGUCCAAGAGAAAACCAAUACUCUUGAGAUGUAUACUAAGGUUUCUGAGAAACUAGCGAAGCAUCUCUCUAAAAUAUCUGCUGUACAUGAAAAGAGCGCUGCUGCUAAAGCUUUUGAGAAGGAUGUUAAAGCACACAAAGAGAAGAUCAGUGAUCAAAAUCUGGAGAUAAAGGCACUUCGCAAUAAAGCUGCUGAAUGGGAAAUGAAAGUACUCGAGAACGAGGCCAAAGUGAAAGCAAAGGAGAAAGAAAGGGAUCAAAGAGUUGGAGAGCACAAUCGGAAGAUGACUGCAUUGAAAUCUGAAGUUGAAUCGGAGCAGAAGUGCCUUGAGGAGAAAGAAAGAAAAAUAAAGGAAACAAUUGACAAGGGUUCUGAAUUAUGCUCUCAAGCUGAUUCGGUUGCUGAAGCUGGAAGGAAGAAAAUAGAGGAAAUCUAUGGGAAGUAUGAUCAAGUUUGUGAGGCGGCUAACAUGUACAUUGAUGGUUCGGAUCAGUCCUUCGAAGAGACUGAUGAAGCUGCAGCGAUGCUGAAAACUAUAGCCCAGAGUGGCGCUUGAUGUGGUGAAGUGACCAUCUGGCAAAGGAUCGUGGACAAUUAUCAUCAUAGUAAUAAUUGUGCUAGUGUCCGGCUUUGUAUAUAUACCUUCAUUGGAUCAUGUCGUGUGGUCACUUUUGCAUCUCGUUCAUGUUGUUGCUCUGAUCGGGUGUGGUCAGUGUAUGUGCUUUUAGCACCUCUAUUUUAAUUUAAUUAUCAGUACUUCCUAGUAUUAGUGUAAGCAAUGGAGCAUUGGGCGUGGUCUUACAACUUU